AUGCAUCAUGCAUCGGAAAAAAUGAAACGCGGAAGCAAAAAUCCGAAGGUGAGUGUUCGUCUCAAUGUUCGUCCGCUUCGUGGCAACUGGAAACCGGUGAAAAGAUACGAGUGUGAUGGAGCACCAAGAACGAAACAUACUGCAAGUCCAGCUGAAGAACAACUCGAUUGUGCAAUUUGGAAAACGAAAAAUGUUCGAACGGACAUUAUGGAUUCGGUUGCUGUGAAGUGUGAUGAGGUUAAAAAGAUUGAGCCCGUUUCGGAUAAAGAUCAUGUAGAAGAAGGUCCAGUUGUGACUGAAUGUGCGUGUGCCAACUGUGAGAAGGCAGAUGACACUCCGACUGCAUUGGAAUUAUCACCACGGGAAUAUAGAGAGUGUUUGAUUCGAGAGAAGAAGAACAGGAAACAAGAGAAGAGCAAGAAAAAAGCAAAGUGUUGCAAAAGCAAGGCUAGUUCAAGCAAACAUGGACGUAGUCGUCGCCACCAUCGUUCGUAUUCUUCUCCAAGACCUCCUUCUUUGCUGGCCCCACCAAACUCUGUUGUUUCUCGUGAGAGUAAUUGGUGUAAAUUGUAUGAAGAUGCCAGCCAUCCCAUCAAACUGAUUGAUCCCAAAAAAAUUCACACGGUCCCUGGUCAAAUCGGAAUGUCGGAUUUGGAGCCGGAAGAUCCUGCGACACCACCGUCAUCUGCCAACGAGGUUGCUCCUGUGGCUGUUCCACUCCGAUCUCCAAACCUUCCAAUCAUGCAACCACUGGUUAUGUCACCAUCUUCCAAUGUCUCCGAACUCUACAAUCUUUCACCUCCACUCGUUCCACAGAUUCCAACUCAGCCUCAAUCCAAUGUUGUUAUCCUUCCAGCUCCCGUUGACAAUCCACCAAUCAUCAUUCAAAACCAAAACAAUGUUCCAAGAGCGAAAUCUGACUCCAGCAGUUCCUUGGUUUUUAUGCCUACUGCUUCUGCCGAGGAAAAAGCGAUUCAAUCUACUUCAAAUGCCUCAAUGAUUCGAAAAAUGGAAAAUCUUUUCUACAACUCUGAAUCUAACUGGUGGUUCCUUGUGGCUCUUAUUAUGCUAACUAUUUUCGCCUAUCGCUCGUCUAUUGAACAACAUACAUGCUAUUAUGAUUAA